AUGGGAUCAGAUAUGCCUUCACAAUCUGCGGGUGAGAUGUUCAACUUUAGCCUUCUGGGCUCUUCAGCGUCAAUCCUUGCCCCACGCGUGGGACGACUCACGAUUGCAGGCCGCAAACCUAUCUCGACACCCCACUACAUUCCUUUAACAUCGCGAGGGGCAGUCCCUCAUCUGGCGCAUGAUGUAAUGCGUGAUAGCACCUCUAUCGGUAGCCUGUUUUUUGGCCUAGAAGAUUUCUUAGAAAAGCGGGAACAAAACAAAAAGAAGUCCCCGAUACCUAUCCCAAUAUACGCGAUUCCGACUGCACCUCAUGAAUCGGCUCUGCGCAAGUUUAUUUGCCUUCCCGACGAGACCAUAACAAUCCUCGGCCCACGCCGCGAGCCUCCAAUCGCCUGCCCUCCAACGAACACAGACACGUCCAUCGCUGUCCUUACAUCCGUAGGUUUCACACAAUUGGACGCAACUGAGUAUGUUGAAGCUAUCCAAAGGAUCAGCCCAGACAUAGUUAUCGGGCUGGCAGACCUGGUAACCGGGCAGUCGCCUGGUAUCAAAAGGAGGACGAAAAUGGUUGACCGGACGCACGCCUUUACAGCUCAUGCGACGGAUAACCUCUACGGCCCUGAUCUCUCAGAGCAUAGCAGGUCGACGGCGGCAUAUUUUGCACCAAUACUGCCUCUAGAAAACACGCAGCAACAGUUAUACCUAGAAGAUCUAGAAACGGAUGUACGGGCCUUCAUUUCCGGCCUUGCACUCUACGAGUCAGAAUCCCUCUCAAUCGUACCUGAACUUCUUGGAGACCUCCCACGUCUCCUCUUUGGCGGACCAAGAACGCCACGCGAAAUUCUACGUCAGAUUGAAUUUGGAGCGGACCUAGUUACCAUCCCCUUCCUGAACCUCAUGUCGGACUUAGGAAUGGCUUUUAACUUCGCUUUCCCAACUCCCUCCUCAUCGGAAUCUAACCAGCCCACCGAACCUCUUCCGCUCGCUGAUGAUCUCUGGUCGUCAUCCAAUACCACAGACACGAGUCCCUUAAAUAAGUCAUGCUCCUGCUACACCUGCCAAAACCACCACCGCGCAUACAUCCACCACCUCCUCUCCGCAAAAGAGCUUCUCGCGUGGACGCUUCUUCAGAUCCACAACCACUACACCAUGGAUCUAUUCUUCUCCAGCAUCCGUGACAGUAUCCAGCGUGGGACAUUCGAUGAAGACAUUCGCACCUUCCAGGAAACAUACGCACCUGAAUUCCCCGAAGCCACAGGUCAAGGGCCGAGACUUCGUGGCUACCAACUCCCCGCAUCAAGCACAGCCCAGCCGCGUCGCUACCCACCAGCCUAUGGAAGACUCGACCUUGCCGCACAGAAAUUUGCCGAAUCGCAAUCUGAGAUUGCAACGCCUGACACCGGGGCUUCGGGGCUCGAGGAGCACGGGUUCGCGGAGAAGGCAUAG